CAUCCUUUCUUUACCCAUUUGUUAGCAAUACAAUUUCAUCUAUAAAAGCCUUACAUAUAACAAAUGCAUAACACACCAAAAGCAUAUCAAAAUUAUUAGCAUUGCAAAGAGCUCUCCAUCCACUAUAAUUAAUCUUCCUCAAGUUUAUCUCAUCAGCUCAAUUAAACCAUGGCUUACAUUGGUUUGUCAAUGUUUACUUUUUCAUUUAUGAUUUUAGCUAUAUUGUCAUCUAACAGUAACUCAAUGGUUGCCGAGGCACGCAACCUUCUAGAGCCAGACAUGCCUCAACUUCCAGAGAUUGGUUUGUCACCUCUAUCAAAACCAAAGCUUCCUAUUGAUCCUCAAUUACCUAAGUUUGAAAUUCCCAAGGUAUCUGAAUUGUCAAAGUCAGAGUUGCCUAAGGUACCUGAACUUCCAAAGCCUAAGCUACCUAAGUUUAAUGUUCCUGAUUUGCCAAAAUCUGAUUUACCUAAAGCUCUAGAAUUACCUAAAUUCCUUGAACUUUCAAUGCCUCAGCUACCUAGAGUCCCAGAAUUGCCUAAGUUUCCUGAAUUAUCCGAACCCGUGCUACCUAAAGUCUCUAAGUUGCCUAAGCUUGAAAUGCCUAAGGUACCUGAAUUGUCAAAGCAAGAGUUGCCUAAAGUACCUGAAUUGCCAAAGCUUGAGCUACCUAAGUUUAAUGUCCCAGAAUUACCAAAAUCAAAUAUACCUAAAGUCCUAGAACUACCUAAAGUCACUGAAUUCUAUGAAUUGUCCAAACCUGAACUUCCUAACGUCUCUGAGUUGUCUAAGCCUGAAACACCUAAGGUGCCCGAAUUGCCAAAGCCAGAGUUUUUCAAAUUACCUGAAUUGUCAAAGUCUGAGGUACCUAAAUUUAAUAUCCCUGAAUUGUCAUACUCAAAUCUACCUAAAGUUUAUGAAUUACCAAAACCCGAACUACCUAAAAUUUCAGAAUUGCCUAAAUUCCCAUAAGUGCCAAAACCUAAAGUUCCUCCCAGUACUCCAUACGUUGGAACUAAAGCUUUCAUUGCAUUGUCUCAAGUCAUAAUAGUUUUCUACAUCCAUGGGUUAGUUGUUGUUGUGGUUUAUAUAUAUAUAUUAUUACUUUUACUUUGAGCUUGUUUAAAUCGAUUAUACUAUUGCAUGUUGAUGAACAUGUCCUUCAUGUUGUAAGUGUUGUUGAAUUUAAAUAGAUUGUACUUUUAAGGACUUGUCAAAAAUGUGGUUUGAGGUGAUCAUUUAUUUUGUUUUACUAAAUGUAUUAUACAAUCCCAAAUUCAAAUUCCUAGUCUUUUAGAAA